AUGGCAUCCGGUCGCGAGUUGGAUCGAUUGCGCACGCCCUCGCCCCUUCCUGCUGAUGUACUUGUGCGCCUACCCCCUCAAGACCCUUCGGCCAUGCGGAACUGGCUGGUAAAAAUCAGCGUUCUCGUUAACUCAACCGUGCCGAUCAACCGGUUACCGCCUGAGUUGUUCACGGAGAUCCUGCAAUUCUUGCGAAUCGACUGUCCUCUCAACUGGUCGUUCGUCACUGUACUGCUGAUCUGCCGACAUUGGUAUCAUGUCGCAGUCUCUUCUCCACGCUUGUGGACGAAGAUUGCGCGGGGCAUGACACUUCCACUCGUCGAGACGUACUUGCGCCGAUCACGCAGGGCUGGUCUUUCCCUUGACACGCGGGCGAAAUGCCCCGAGGAUUUUCAGGACGCCCUCCUGAACAUGCUCUCCCCCCACCUCGAUCGAGUCACACAUCUGAAGACAUACGGCUUCCAGCCGUACAUCAAGCAUCGCAUGGAACGAUUGUCGUUUCUUACCCUUCAUGACGACUAUUGCGUACGCCAUCACCCCUCCACUAUUAUCAUACGUGGCGACGACUUCCCGUCGCUGCGUUCCCUGGCUCUCUGCGACUCCGAGCUCAGCUCCAAGGCGAGCAUCAUUGAUGUGCGUUCCCUGACAUCGCUGACGUUGGACAACUUGCCGUGCGACACGUGGGACGAGCUGUUCACGUUACUCAGGAGCUGUUCCGCUCUAGAGCGUCUCACCAUUGAUUCCCUCGACAUCGACUCCAUGGUGAUCCCUACCAAUACCCGGAUCAGGCCUACCAUCGAAUUUCAACACCUCAAGAGCUUUGCGUUCCUUCACUACGGCAGACAUGCUAGUAUGUCAUUCCUUCUGGCCCAUCUGGCCCUUCCGCGCAUAGCAGAAAUCAAGUUUGACACGUACUUGGACGCCCCGGGAGAAGAAGACGAGGAUGCAGACAUGCAUCACGGAAUCCUCAUCGCAGACAUCGUUCCGAAGGACAAUACAAUGUCGCCGGCAUUCUCUGCGGUACAAGCCGUCUGCCUUGAGAUCUGCUACUGCUCCUUGCGUGAGAUGGUUAUUUCAACUUAUUACGACACGGGACAAGAUUAUAUUCCACUCUGGGAUAGUUGGGAGAACUUGUACUGCGAUGCAUUUCCGUAUCUCGAAGAACUUCACGCCAGUGGACCGACUCCGGACUUCUUCAUUGAUCUUCUGUCCGAAAUUGGUCUAUCAAGCGCACACCUGAGGAAAUUCAACGAGCCAAUGCCAUGGCCAAUGCUCAAGCGGAUCAAGUUCGAGUAUACUGCACAGGAGCAGGAGGCGCUCAACAAAUCGAAAGCGGUCAUCAAGGACAUUGUGACUACCCUAUGUAACCGCCAAGCCGCCUUGGAGAAAUGCCUGGAGCAUCUCGCACUCCUAUUUCCGGAGGAACCACCAAAUCUGCGGACGCAUUUGGGACAGUUGCGAGAUGUGACAGAAACUCUCGUCUGUAAUGUUGGUGGCCACGACCUGACAGGAUUGUCCAUCGAGUACCACCAUUUCGGCUUGACAGGUGACCCGGAGCCGUUGUCGCUCAAAUUCUCACUCAAAUAUUUGAUCAAGCCCAUCCCCGCGGCUUAA